CUAAAAUUAAUUCGAUCCUUCACAACUUCCAUUUCCUUUUCAAACUCUUCCUCACCGGCCACAACAACUCACUGCCAUCACCUUCGUUGAUCUUCAUCUCCUUUCACAAAUGUCGGCUGCGAAAUCGAGCGCGAAGAAGCGAGUUCUGGAACCGGAGCAGCCGAAAUCGGAAGUCCGGAAGCGAGUCAUCCUCGAAGAGGACUUCGAUGCAGAUCUAUCCGAAGAUAUCAGUGUUCUGCUGACAGCAUUGAAACAGAUAAAAGAGAAAGCUCAUAAGGACGAUCGGAAGAAGAAUGAAGAGACGAUAUCUAGUGGUUUUUCAGAAAUCAAGGCAAAUAUCGAAGACGUGAAGUCCAAAUUCGAGAAAGAAAGGCAAAACUUCACCAAAGCACUCUCCAAGAGCUCUAAAGAGUGUGAGAACUUAUUGAAGAAUGAAAGUGCCAAGUUUCAAGCAAUCUAUGAGAAGUUCAUCAAGGACAAGACUACUCAUCUGCAGACUCUGAAAGACUCUGUGUCCAAGUUUGAGGAAGAGAAACUAAGGUUAUUCACACGAUAUGAGCAACAAAGGAAGAAGGAGAAGAACAUGCUGUCCGAACUCGAGAAAGACACUUCGAAAAGAUUGGCUGAAAUAGAAGAGUCGCUGAAGAAGAAGAAGAAACAGGAUGAUAGAACAUUUAGCACUCUGAGAAAGAAACUUGGUUCAUUUCUGGACAAUGCAUCUGAUGAGGAUUUUCUGCUUGAUGAGUAAAAUGUGGACGAGUCUCGUACGAAUAAGAAAUUUGAAUUACAGCU